UCUCAAACAUGACAACCGAGCAGAUUGACAUGCCUCCCCUCCGGCCACUGGGAAUUUUUGAGAGGUUCAUGGUCGCUCGGAGUCAGCAAGGGGUAUAUCAUAAAGUCGGCGUGACAGCGUUCUAUUCGUCCGACCGCAAGGCGACAACAAAAGAGAACCUCAAGCCAGCCAUAUACUCGGCACUCGCUCUCGUCAUCUCAAAACAUGCCAACCUCUCUAUCACACCGGCUGGGAUUGACUCGUCUGAAUCGUACUUUGCCCGCCUUCCGUACGUCAAUCUAGAUGAGCUCGUUGCGUUUACCGAGAUCGAAAACAUUUUGGACGGCGAAGGCAGACACCGACCGGCUUUAGACCACUUCCUAGAACGAGAACACAGCCGACCUUGGGAUCUGAGGGCGCCGUUGCCACUGUGGCGUCUACAUAUUCUCCAGCAACCUGGGGGAGACGCAUCGAGGUUUGUACUAUGCUACAUGUUCCACCACGCUAUCGGGGACACGAAGAGCGCACUGGUCUUUCACCAGGCCUUGGAGGAGGCACUGAACACCACCGACGGUGGCACCGAAACGUCGUCAAUGGUCAGUUCGCCGGAUCUGCCGCUCAUUCCACCACUGGACGCUUUCGUCGACACUACGAGAGAGGUGGAUGGCGGGAGUGCGCCAGAGGAAGCAGGAGCUGUGUGGACCGGGGCAGAACAGUUUCUGCCCGUCCGCACCAGGUUCCGAUCUCUUCGGUUCGGAGGGGAUGAGUCGACAGAGUUCCUGCGAUUGUGUAAAGCUCACGGCGUGUCCCUUACGGCGGCGAUACAGGCGAUGCUUGUCACGGCUCUCUUUGAGAAGUUGCCGUCGGAAUAUACUGCCCUCAGGACCGACUGUCCCAUUUCACUACGUGAGUGGCUUCCCGCACCGGUCAGUGCGCUAUCCAUGGGCAUACUCGUGGAUACUUUUCUCGAGACACAUCAACGUCCCAACUUGUCCCACGGUGGGAAACAGGGCUCGUUCGCAUGGGUAGACGACGCGCAGACGACCAAGAAGAGGAUCGAUCGUGCUGUACGGGAGCGCAGGGGCGACGGCCUGCUGGAGAAACUGUCACACGUCAAAGAUGUCGAGGCGUGGACGAUGGCGAAGAUGGGCCAGCCUCGGACGACGAGUCUCGAGUUGUCGAAUGUCGGGAGACUGCCAUCUCUGGCGGAGAACAACAGAAGUGCGAGGAUUCAUGGCUUGGUGUUCAGUCAGUCUGCCGGAGCCGUCAGUGGAGCGAUCAAGGUCAGUUGUGUCACGGGCAAGGACGGGAGGAUCUCGUUGGGCUUCACAUGGCAAGAGGGUGUCGUCGAAGAUGGGUUCAUGGACGAGUUUCUGGACGAGUUUCUGUCAAUCUUCGAUGGGGAUUUGAUAUUCUUCCAGCAGAUGCACAAUGGUCCAUAG